AUGGCUAUUUUGACACAGAACGUUCAUGACGUUGAAUACCAAGAUGCCUUAUUACGGACGUUUAACACUGAUAUAGAAGACAAGGCAGGGAAUACUUACAAUUGCUUGGUAUUUGAGAUGGUAAAUGGAGAUCAUCCUGGUGAAGCGCCUUCCCCUCAAUAUAAAGAUGUUAUUGUACGAGGAGCCAAACGGAGCGGUUUACCUGAACAUUAUAUACAAUUUCUAGAAAGUUUUCAAGAUAAUGGUUACAAUGGUCCUCAUUUAUUGUACCAACAGAUUAUUGAUAAUUUAGAUAAUGAUAAUAAUAAUAUUAAAAUCUGUAAUGAUAAUGGUGAAAAUUAG